AACGGCUUAAAAUCUCAGGAAUCCACGCUGGCAUCUUGAUCGGUUUGUUACUGCUUCAAUAGGAUUUCAUCCUCGGAGAGAAAACCGGUCCGGCGUCCACAGAGAGCUGGACGCCAAGCUCCCACCAUCUAGCACAAGACUGGUCCCGGCCGCAGCGGAGAAGGGACUGGGCGCCGUGACGUCGGUGGGCGUGGUCACGUAGGGGGGCGGCUCCGCUGCCGCUGCGGCUGCCUCGCUCGGCGCCCAACGGCGGCCGCCCCGUGGGGAACUCUCCCGGGCCAUGGCGACCUACGGGCCGCGCGCGCCUCCUCCGCCCUCGCGGCCACCGCGCGAGACCCGCGACACGCCAACGGCCGGGACCCCCGCCCCGCCCUCGCGACCCCGGCCAGGCCGGGUCCCCGGCGGCGCGGUGGUGAGUGGCUACAAGAGGGUAGACUGGGCUCCAGAGACAGUAGAGAAAAGAGGCCCCUACAUCAUGACCAGAAUGCCUUCCAUUCAGGCCAAGUUGCAGAAGCACCGGGAUCUGGCCAAGGCUGUCCUGCGGAGGAAAGGCGUGAUGGGAGCCUCUUCACAUCCCAACUCUUCAGGGAAAAGGUCAGUGAAGUUUAACAAAGGUUAUGCUGCCCUCAACCAAAGUGCAGAUGAAAACCUGGUGUCUCUUGAUUCAGACAGUGAUGGGGAACUGGAAUCUAGAUACUCUUCCGGGUACUCCUCUGCAGAGCAGGUAAAUCAGGAUCUGAACCGACAGCUGCUGCAAGAUGGGUAUCACCUGGAUGAAAUCCCAGACGAUGAAGAUUUGGACCUCAUUCCUCCCAAGCCCAUGUCCUCCUCAGCCUGCACCUGCUGCUGCUGCUGCCUUGGGGAAGCGUUCUCCUGUACCGUCCAGUAGGCAGUGCCUGACUGGGGGACUACACAGGUUGAACAGUAGCUUCCCAGGGGCCUAUAGAGCAUUGCCCUCUACUUCCCUAAUGCAGUUGAGUAUUUGGUGGGCAGAGCCGUCUGCACCAGACCCAUCAUGAGCCGAACAUCCACUUAGGAAGGUCAGUGACUUGCAGGAAGCUCUUGCACAAUAUUUCUCAAGCCAAAGGCUUCUGGAAGGCAGAGUUCAGGUGGGAAGUCCAGUGGACUGUAGGUGGGCCACAUAGUUUCUCCCUGAUGCAACAGUAGUUUUGGGAGAAAACCUCUUGAAGGAGGGAAAUGCAACGUUUCUGAUUCUUAAGAAUAAGGGUAACAAAAUUUGUCUUAUUUUAGAGAAGAAAAUCAUCAACUCUUGAAAUUAACCCACUUAUCAUUUGAGUGCAAUAGAUGUUGAUUUGGCAUGCUCUGAGGGAGCAAACUGCUCCCUUGCAUGGGGAGGACCAUAUUAUAUGGCAAGGUAGAGAAAAGGAGAGCUGCCCUCAGCCAAGGAGCCUUUAGAAGGAUUUUAGUCCCAUGGGAUCCUAACAUAAGGAAGUUUCACAAGCCUUUGAAAAGACCAAGGUAGUCUCUGUGGGCUUGCCUUUUAAAAGUGAAAGAGCCUCUUUUCUGUAGAUGCUACUGGCUGGGCUUUUCCCCUUCCCCCAAGUCUGCCCCCUGGUGGCUGAAUGCAGCAGUAAAUAGAGGAUCCAGUGCUUUGGGAACGUCGGCUGUGGCCCACCCUAAUGACCAAUUUCCUAUCCAUGGGUGUUGAAGUUUCCAUGGUCAACCAAGACUCAAGUUAGGUGCUGUGGCUGCUUUGCACAGAGUGCUUUCCUUUUCCUCCUACCCUGUAUUUAUUUAUUUAUUUGGGGUUUUCUAGUCUUGUCUUGGUCUUGCUUGGCUCCCCCAGCCUGCCUGUUCCCCGGAUUGUUGAUAGGCAUUCUGAUACUGGGGGAGGCUGCUAACUUUCAGCUUUGGUGAAGAGGACAAUUCAGGAGCAGCUUCUUGGCUUUUGUAAUCUUGUUAAGAACUCUGAAGUUGGCCUGAAGGGUUAGAGAAUAUAUGUGGCACUUAAUGAAUGUUGGCCUUAGUUUAAUCCAGGGAGUAGAGAGUAAGAGUCAGAUAAACCAGUGAGACCUUGGCUCUUCCUCAUGGCUCCCUUGCCCUUCUCUCACUUCUUGAUGGCCCUUAAUUGUUAGGCAUCUAGCAUUGUUCUGGCAGCAGGCCCUCAAGGCAGACUUUUAGAGUUUGGGUUCUGGGCUGACAUUUUUUGGUUUCUAUUUUUACUCAGGAGUGUUUGUAUUUCCUCAACCAGAAGAUAACAUUUAGAUAGAAAACCUUGGGAUUUGUCCUUUGAGUUUUUUGUUUGGAUUCAGGGACUGUUUGCAGAUGGGUCAACUUCCCCUGAGAAUUUUAAAUUUCCAUAUGGUUAGUUUGCCUUGCCUAAGGUAGAACUGUGCACUGGGGGAAAGUGGGCCAUUGAGGGAGGAGCAGGUGUGAGAUUAUAAAGGCAGAAGCCCAAGGCCUGGCCCCAUGGAGGCCACCGGAGCUAUGGGAUAUUUUCUUGACAUUCUUCUCUCCCACUGCUAUCAUCCUCCCCUCCAAAAAAAAAAAAAAUUAAUUUGGAGGAUUACCUGUAGAAAGUAAGUCCUUGGUCACAUGGUUCUUUGUGAAAAGGAGGAACAACACUAAGGGAGCUGUGCAACCUCAGAGGUACUUCUGAGUUUCUCUAACUUCACUAAUCUAUUGUCCUACCAGCCUUGUCAGUCAACAGGACUCUGUGACCACAAGUCUGCUGGACUUGCUAGAUCCAGACAAGAGAGGGGGUUAACCCCAGUGACCAAAAUGAUAUCAAAAGCAAUCUUAAGGGCAACUUUGUCAUUUUUCUCCCUACUUUUGAUCUCGGCCUCAGAUUCCUUUGGAGCAAUUGUUUCACCCUAGCUGUCUAUCUAUUUUUGGGAGCUGUGUGCAUUUCUGUUGCCCAUUUGUUGUGUGGUGACUUAUUUUGUGUGUAUGUUUUUUAUAAAGAAUGGGAAUUAGUGAGUGGAGGGAGAAAAGCAUUGGCAAGAUGUAGGUUAGGAUAGAACCAGAAGGAAGUUAAUUUGGAGGAUUACCUAUAGAAAGUAAGUCCUUGGUCACAUGGUUCUUUGUGAAAAGGAAGAACACUAGGGAACUGUGCAACCUCAGAGGUACUUCUGAGUUUCUCUAACUUCACUAAUCUAUUGUCCUACCAGCCUUGUCAGUCAACAGGACUCUGUGACCACAAGAUUCUGCUGGACUUGCUAGAUCCAGACAAGAGAGAGGGUUAACCCCAGUGACCAAGAUGACUCUAAUUCAUGUUUCUUGUGGGGGUAACAGAAGGACUUCUGAGUAAGGUUGAGGCAUUCCCCUAGUGGGAUAAAAAGAUGGAAGAAUCUGGAUCCGAAUCCUUUUUCUAAGGGCCAGAAGAGGGUUUCUUCCUUAGAGAAACAGGGCUGUUGCAACCUCCUGCUUUAGCCCUUGGUUUAUCACCCCAGUUGCUUCCUUGGUUGUCUCAUUACCACAAAAAAAGGCCUCUGAGGUUUCUGGUCCUCAUGCCAGGCCUUCCUCAAACACAGAUCAGUGGGGAUUUCCAUUAUAAUAGGAAGCUGUAAGGGUUCUAGGUAGAACUCAGAACUGAGAGGGUGGCCAGCUGUUGGACAGUGGAGUCACCUCAGCCUAUUGCUGGCUCAUUGAAGCCACUGACUACCAGUGUGACAGGGCCGCCUGGAGUGGCUCUUCUGGUGCUCUGCAGGUGACAAUCAGUAUACUUGGGGAAAUGAUCUUAUUUGUUUUGCUUCUCAAUGGCAGAGGUGGGGGUGGGGGGCAGAUAUGUGGUAUACAUAGAUAGGAUGUGUAUUCAGAGAUGUGUAUGGCUUAGAGUUUUCUAUCACAAGCAGAGUUUAUAAUAUCAAUAAAUUUCUUCAUGCCG